AAACUAUCUUAUAUCAACAAAAUGAAAAUUUCAAACCUAAAUUCUUAUGAUUAUCUGCCGUCAUCCCAAUCUGUCAUUAAAGGGAUUGAAAACUUCACAGACAUCACUGGGUGGGCAUUACCAAAAAGAAAAGUGUUCAGAUAUUCUUCAAAGCAGAAAACAUUGUUAAUGCAGAUGUUUAUGUCUGGAGAAGAACAAGGGAAAAAAAUGAGCCCAGAGCAGGUUCACCAGCAGCUGAGGACAAAGUUAAAGCCAAGUGAAUAUGUGACAACUCAACAAAUUCGAUCAUUAUUCUCUAGAUGGAGUAAACAAAAAAGAGAAGGAAAGCUAGUUACCAUUUUUUGUGAAGAUGCUAAUCUAACUGAUGACAUGAUUGAUCUGACUGAUGAUGCGAGACAUACAAGUCAAAAUAAAGAUGAUGAUUUAAACAACGAUAUUCAGCUCAUAGCAAAGGAGUUAGCAGCUGAUUUUCAAAUUGGUGAUUGGGUUGCUAUUGAAUAUAAUAUGCAGUGGUAUCCUGCAAUAAUUCAAAGUGUCAAUCGUGACAAUGUUCAUGUUUCUUGUAUGGAAUAUUCUACUACACCUGGAAAAAACUGUUUCAAGUGGCCAACCAAGGAAAAUAUUCUCCAAUAUUUAUAUCUUGACAUUAUUUGUAGGAUUGAUGCACCAACACCAACUAAUCAAAGAGGGGACUAUUCUCUCUCAAUAGACGAUAUGUAUAACAUAGAAAUUCAGAUUGACAGAUAAACUUCUUUAAAACUUUAUUUGGUUUGCUUUCUUAAACAAGUUGUAUUUGAAAAAACGUUUAUCCGAAAUUUACAUAAUUGUUUUAACAAUGAUAUAAACACUUCAAAGUGUGUGAUGUUUGGAUCUUUUUCUCAUUAAAGAAGCUUAGAAAAUAAC